AUGCGCGAGAACGAGCUCACCUCCCCCGUCUCCCUCACCAGGGAGAACAAGUUCAACCGCGCCGCUCAUGGGUGGGCGCGCCAGCCAAUCGUCGACACGUCCGGCAUCCACGACCGGAAGGACAACCUGUCCUGGGGCUCAAACAAGCGAUGGGAGUACUGGUGUGUCAUGACGCCCACCCACAUCCUCGCAUGUACCAUUGCAAGUCUCGACUUCCUGUCCUCUGCCGAGGUGUGGAUUUUCGACCGGGCGACAAACGAGGCUGUUUUGGCAAAGGGCGCCGCUGCGAUGGGAGACCAAGGGGCUCAGGCAGCAACGCUUCCAGCGCAAGUCGAAUCUGGACCGGCAACGUAUUCGGGUGGUGGGGUUGAGGUGUGCAUCGAACAGGUUGAGGGAGGGACGCGGAUCCGUGCUUCUGCCGAGGGUGGUGGAUUCGAUAUCUUGGCUGCCCGGCCUCUGGGACAUGAGCGAUUGGCGGUGGUGGUGCCAUGGAGCGACGACCUGUUCCAGUAUACUGUCAAAGACGUUUCGCGCCCCGCCUCGGGCACCGUCACUGUUGGAGGGGUCACUACGGAAUUGGAGGGGGAGAGCUGGGCGGUGCUGGACCAUGGGCGGGGGAGGUGGCCUUCGUCCAUCCAGUGGAAUUGGGGGGCUGGGUGCGGCCGGGCGACGGAUGGGCGCGCUGUUGGACUCCAGGUCGGCGAUAAGUGGACGGACGGCACAGGGAGUACGGAGAACUCGUUCCUGCUCAAUGGAAGGCUUUACAAGAUCUCGGAGAAACUCAAGUGGGAGUACGACCUCUCGGCACCACUUGAACGGUGGCGUGUCUAUGGUGCUGGGCUCAACGCAACCCUCACCCCGUUCUACGACAAGUUCUCCAAGACAGACGCUAAGAUCGUCAGGUCGCGGACCGACCAGUGCUUUGGUAUUUGGGAGGGGAGCUUCGACACUGGUUCCGAGGUCGUGCGGUUCACGGACGUCAUUGGGUUCGCGGAGGAUGUCGAGCGUAAGUGGUAG